AUGACCACUGCCACAACCACCUCCGCCUCCCCGGUGCUCAAGAAGCCCGUCAAGCUGGCCUGCAUCCAGCUCGCCUCGGGCGCCGACAAGGCGACCAACCUCUCCAAUGCCCGCGCCAAGGUCCUCGAGGCCGCGCGCGACGGCGCCAAGAUUGUCGUGCUCCCGGAGUGCUUCAAUUCGCCCUACGGCUGCGACUACUUUCCCAAGUACGCCGAGACCCUGCUGCCCUCACCGCCCACGCGGGAGCAGUCGCCCAGCUUCCACGCGCUGGCCGCCAUGGCCUCCGAGAGCGGUGCCUACCUCGUUGGCGGCUCCAUCCCCGAGCUGGACGGCGAGACGGGCAAGUUCUACAACACGAGCCUCGUCUUCUCGCCCGAGGGCGCGCUGCUGGCCACCCACCGUAAGGUGCACCUCUUUGACAUCGACAUCCCCGGCAAGAUCACCUUCCGCGAGUCAGAGGUCCUGAGCCCCGGCGACGCCGUCACCGUUGUCGACCUGCCCGGAUACGGCCGCAUCUCGGUCGCAAUCUGCUAUGACAUCCGCUUCCCCGAGCUCGCCGCCAUCGCCGCGCGGAGGGGCUGCUUCGCGCUCGUGUACCCGGGCGCCUUCAACCUGACGACGGGGCCGAUGCACUGGCGUCUGCUGGGCCAGGGCCGCGCCAUCGACAACCAGAUUUACGUCGCCCUGUGCAGCCCUGCGCGCGACCUCGGCGCCACCUACCACGCCUGGGGCCACAGCCUCAUCGUCGACCCCAUGGCGAACGUGCUGGUCGAGGCCGAGGAGGGGGAGGGCAUCGUCGCCUGGGAGCUGGACGGGAACAAGAUUGAGGAGGCGAGGCGGAACAUCCCCAUCAACACGCAGAGGCGGUUCGACGUGUACCCGGAUGUGAGCCAGCCCAAGGUUGAGUCGUAA